AUGUCUGCACCGGAUCAACACACCACGGAAUUACUCACAGAACAUUUGGGAUUCCCUCCAAUUGCACUGAUUGACGAUAUCAUUAAUGCUGUUAAUGGAAUCAUGUAUAAAUGUACCACUGCUGUGGAAGAUUAUUUAUAUUCACAUCAACCAACUAAUUCCCCCGAAGAGAUACAGAAUGAUAUUGAACAUGGGACUGCUAAAUUAGAAACACUAUUGGAAAACACAUUGGAUAAGAAUUUUGAUAAAUUUGAACUUUACGCGUUAAGAAAUAUUUUAACAAUACCAUCAAAUUUACCAAUUAAAUUAAAACAUCAAAAAGUUAUUAGGGAAAACUCUGAACAAAAAUCUAAAGAAAUUGAUGUACAAAUUAGAGAAGUUUUGAAAACUAUUGAAAUUCAAUUAAAAUUGAAAAAAUUAUUAAUAAUACAAAUACGGAAAGCUAAAAAAAUUCUUAGAUUAUUAAAAAUUUAUAAACAAACAUUACAAUUUAUUAAUCAAGAUUCAGAAAUAAGGAAACAAUUAGAACCACUGGAUGAAUCCAUAUAUUUUAUAAUGAAAUUAUCUAAUGAAUUAUUUACUAAAAUUGAAGAAAUUCAAAAUUCUCCUUCAAUUGAAUCAAAUCAAUCAAGUGAACGUGAACGUUAUCUUGGUAUUGAAUCAAAUAAAUUAUUGAAAACUUUAGAAAUUGUUGGCGAUCAAAAUAAAAUUGAUAAACUUUUGGAUGGUGUAAAUACUGAUAAGAUUAAAGAACUGUAUAAUAACAUUGAAAACCAAUAA